AUGAAAUCGAAAUAUGAAGCUGUACUAGACGACGAAAUGAGAGGUACGUUUUCUGGUGCUCGGAAGGAAUACGAAUAUAAUGAGGGUAGUAGUAAAAAUAAUACACAACAGCACGAAACAAGUUUGAAUAAUAUAUAUGGAAAAAUAGUGAAAGUAAGGAAAGAAUUAGAGAGGUCAUAUAAUUUAUUUUAUUCAUACAAUUUGAUUGUAUCGAAUAAUCAAGAAGAUAAUAACAACAUAUAUAACAGUUAUUCUAAUAUAUAUAAAAGAAAUGAUGUUUUAAAUAUAAAUAAAAAUGGAAAAAAUAACUUAACAUUAAAUAAAAUAAAUGCACUAACAAAUUCUUUUUAUAUGAAUGUGGAAAAUUUAAAAAAUACCUAUUCUUUUAUAAGCACAAAUAAUAUGAACAACAGAAUAGUAAAUAAUGAAAAUGUUAUAUGGGAGAGAAGAAUUGAGACCUUAACAAAUGAAGCCAAUUCAUACAUUAAAACUUUGGACAGUAUUUAUAAAAAUAAUUUAAUUCAGUCUGAAAGAAAUAAUAAUAGUAAUAAUAUCUAUAAUAAAACACAUAGAAAUAUGAAAAAGAAAAAAUAUGAUAAUGACUCGACAAUAAAUUAUUUACAUAAUGAGAAGGAAAUUUUAAAACAAGUUGAAAAUAACAUUAAUAUAUUUCAUAUUCAAGGUAUGAGCACAUUAGAUAUGUUAAGGAAACAGAACAAGUUUUUAAAGAAUGUACGAAAAAAAGUCAUCGAUAUGUAUAAUUACAUUGGCUUAUCUUCUUCAUUAGUUGAUACUAUUAAGAAAACGCAUAAACAAAACUUAAUCAUUGUCAUUGUGGGAAUAGUUUUAAGUUUACUAUUCUUUUAUCUGCUGUAUUCGUAUUUUAAAAAGUAA